ACUAAAUAAAAUAUAAUGUUGCAACUGCGAAGAUAAUUCUUCAGCAAUGUUUGAAGGACUGGUUCAUCAGUUGCUUCUAGGCUAUCUGGGCCGAUAUUUUAAAGAUAUCCAGAAAGAGCAGCUGAAGAUUAGGCUUGAGGAAGUGCUAUUGGAGAAUGUGGAGCUGAUACUUGAUGCAUUUGAUUACCUCCAGCUUCCAUUUGCACUAAAGCAAGGUCGAGUUGGGAAGUUAAGCAUCAAAAUUCCAUGGAAAAGGCCUUGGGACCCCAUUAUAAUAAUUUUGGAGGACGUUUUUAUUUCUGCAUCACAGCGAGGUGAUCAAGAGUGGAGUGCUGAUGCUGUCGAAAAAAGAGAGUUUGCUGGAAAAAAGGCCAAGCUAGCAGCAGCUGAGUUGGGAAAAUUAUCCAAACGUGUGUGUGGUAGUCAUGCUGGGCAAUCAUUUAUUUCUCAUGUCACUGCAAAGAUCCUUGACAGCAUUCAAGUAGAUAUAAGGAAUUUUCAUGUCUUAUACAGUGAUGUGCAGAACGAUCUGGGACAUAUUAUGUUUGGUUUGAAGUUUAGUAGCUUGACUAUGAAGCAAAAUCUUAUUGGGUCUUCAAAUGGAAGGGUGAGAGUGGGCCAUGAAUGUAAAAUUGUAGAAGUCAAAGGACUGGAAUUUUAUUCCAGAAUGUUUCAUAGUUCACUAGAGUUGGACUUGUUAAUUACAAACAGUAUAUGUAACUCCUACUCAGCAAGCGAUAUUACAUCAGAAGGAAAACAUCACAAUUCUAUAUUGGCACCGUGUGAUAUAACCUUAAUUCUUUCGGAUAACAGAUCACAAAAGCUUGAUGACAAUGCUCCUCAGUAUUCCAUCACUGCUGAAUUGAGUGGUUUGGUUAUAUCCUUAGAUGAGGUUCAGUUACAACACAUGUUUCUUGUGUGGGAUUAUAUCUGCACUUGUAGAUUAAGAGAAAAGUAUGGUCGUUUUCGUCCCUGGCAUUGUCUUUUACCAAGAAAAUGUGAAGGUUGGCAGAUAAUUUGGUGGCACUAUGCACAGGAAUCAGUCCUAUCGGAUGUUCGGAGGAAACUAAAGAAAACAUCAUGGAGAUUCCUCGGAGAUCGAUUAAGUUACCGACGGAAAUAUAUGAACUUGUACAAGACUAAGUUGGAUUUUCUCCAACAUGAGCAGCCAGUUGAUGAUGAUGUUCUUCGAGAUUUGGAGCAAAUGGAGAAAGAAUCAGAUCUCGAUGAUAUUUUAAAUUAUCGAUCUGCUUCAGAAUAUGAGAUGCGGGAAUUUCUUUCAAGGUGUUCUACUCCUAACAAUGGCAAGAUUCACACUGAUAUUCCUACAGAGAAGUCAUGCAAUGAAGAACAUGCAGUCAAAUCUCGGGGAUGGUUGAAUUGGCUUUCUCGUGGUAUGCUUGGUGCUGGUGGAACUGAUGAUUCAAGUCAAUUUUCUGGGGUUGUGUCAUAUGAUGUUAAGGAUAUAUCUGAAGCAACUGAAUUUCAUCCUCUAGUUUCAUCCAGCGUUGAUGUUGCUUUAAAGCAUGAAUUGUGCAUAUUUUCAUUCAAGCUUGAGAUUCACCAGAUUUCUGCAACUCUAUGUAGCAAGAUGCAUCGGAAAGAAUUUGCGGAAAUAAUUGUUGAAGGUGGAAUUGUUGAGUCUAAUAUCUACAAGGAACGUGGAAUUGUUAUAUCCAAAUUUAAAUCUGGGAAAAUGGUUGAUCCAAACAACAGGGAAAUCAUUCUGCAUAUUGGAGGGCCCAUUGUGAAAAGCAAUAUACAGGAUGUUGUGGAUCAUUCAUGCAGCAUUCAAGUAAAUUUUUCAUCUCACAGAGAUGUGGAUAUGUCAGUAAAGGGAAUGCUUCAACCACUUAAAGUGACAUUUGAUGCAAACAUUUUAUCAAAUCUGUUGGAGUUUUAUGAUGUCUUUACAUCCUUCAAAUUUCAUAAUGAAAGGGUUCUGUUGUCUCUGAAUGGAAUUGAAGAUGACAAUAUUCGGCUCUUAUCCAAAGCAGAAUAUAUAUUUUUAAACCGUAAGAGCGUUAUGUGGGAUGUGACUAUUGCUGAUGUUUCUGUUAAUUUUCCUUGGAGAAAUGCAGCAUCAUUGUAUAGCAACUUGGUAAUGCAGUCAAGGUCUCUAUGCUUUAAAACUACAAUUGGUCUUGAGUCUUUCUCUUCAAAAGUUGGGAAACAACCCUACUCUAUGGAGAGCUUUUUAAAUUCAAUGUCCUCAUCUGGUAUUUGUUUAGGCAUCCGAGUUCAAGAUCUAUAUCAGUAUUUUAAUGUUGCGCUUAAUGAUUUUAAGAUCACCAUGAUGAAUUCUGACCAGUUACAAAAGGUUUCUAUUCUUGAGAAAUUUAGCACGUCAUUCUUAUUGGCAUUUUGUGUGGUCCCAGACGAGUCCAUUUUGAAGCAGUUAGAGGCUUAUGUACUCAUAGAAUCUCUUAAAGCACACUUCUCUCCUUCAAUAUAUGGUGCAUUAAUAGAAUUGAUGACUCAUCUGGGCACAUUGGAUGUAAGAGGUGAAUCUGAAGUCUUGAACUGUCCUUAUCCUCCCGCUUUUGUUUCAGUUGUGCCAACAUAUUCUACUUUUGGCAUAUCCAUUGUUUCAAAACUUGAUUCAGUUGAUCUGGAAGUUGAUCUUGAAAAUAGUGGAGAAAACAGCUCAGAGCUCAUGGUUUCCAUGCAAGAAAUUGUUGUAAGGGCCGCUUCUACAGAAUUUCAGGAGUUUUUUGUCUGUGUGAAGUCUUUAAUGAUCUGUGCUUAUAAAAUGAAAGAGGAAAAAGACAGCCAUAUUUUGCUUUUAAGAGGGAAUUCAUCCUCUCCUGGUGCUGCAGUUGGGGAAGACUCUGUUCCUGGACCAAAUAUUGAGUUUGAUCAAUAUUCUGAUGCAGCUAUAUUUGCUGAGGCAUGUUUUGCUAUGCAUUAUGAAUCUCCCAGAACUGAGUUAGUUGGUCAUAAGUUUUUUAUUUACCUAAGUAAUGCUGAUAUCCACUUCUACCCACAUAUUGCUGGACUGCUUAAUGGAUUUUUUGAUAAAUUAUCUGUCUAUAGUAGCAGUUUUGAGAAAUCCUCUACUAGUAAUUCUGUUGACAUUUCACAAAUUUUCUCAAGUUUUGGGUUACAGAAGUUUGGCUUCUCAAAUUAUUUUGAAUUUGGUGCCACUGAUUCUGCAUGCAUUCCAUUGGAUCGUUUUCCUUUUGUAACAAUUUACAAUUUUGGUUUGCUUGGUAAUCUGGAGAGUGCACUCAUGUAUGCCAUUCCCGACUGGAGAAAAUAUUUUACCCUGAGGGAUGGUAAAAUCAAAAGUUCCAAAAUAAAUAUGAGAAGAGGGUCCAAAUUUUUCCAAGUCUCUCCAGCAAAAUCCAAAUCUGAUUGUGGAUUUUUUCAAGAAUCUGGGAUCGAGAGCACCUUAAAUAUUUUUUCAACUGAAUUGCUUCUGAAUGGAAUAAGAAUGCAUUUUCAUGACUCAUCAUGCAUUAUUGGAACAAUCAUGGUGCCUACAUCUAAGUCUUCUCUAUUAGUUUGUGAAGACAGUGUGGAUAUAUUGUCUUCUUUUGAGGGAUUGACUCUCACAACAUCUUGGGGGCCUCGAAAUUUUCAAGAUUAUCUAUGGGGUCCCUCUGCAGCAAAUUUAUCUCCUAUUGUAAAUGUACGGGUCAGGAAAGGACAAAAUAUAUCUUCAACUGCUGAUUUGGAAGUAAGCAUCGGUAUUCAGCAUGUCUAUUGCAUGUUACCUUCUGAAUAUCUGUCCAUUAUCAUUGGUUACUUCUCAUUAUCUGAUUGGGGUGGCACUUUGACUGAUAGGUUUUCCUCUGAAGAGAAAAGUGAUAUUGAUUUAAAAAAUGAAAUGAAAGUUAGUUAUAAGUUUGAAAUCUUGGACUCUAACCUUAUUUUUCCAGUGAAAUGUAAUGAACAUCAGUUUAUAAAGAUUGAAAUGCCGCAGCUUUAUUGUAGUUUCAAUGAGAAUUCUGGUUUUGAUGAUGUAUUAAAGAACAUCCCUCUUGAAGCUUCAGUUCCUAUUCAUAAGCUUGCCAAAAGAAAUAAUUGUUUAAAUGUGUUUGGGCGAGACUUGUUCAUAUCGUUCCUUCUAAGCAAGAAUGAUAUGCUUGGUUUAGCAACAAUUGAAUGGAAUACAGAAUUUAUAACAAGUGCCCUAAUUGCACCCAUAAAUGCUGAUAUUUGGGUGAGAGUUCCAUGUGGAGGUGAGUCUAAUUGGAAAAACACUUCAUCAAUAUGUUUCAUGACAAGCAUCACCAGUUGUCAAAUUAUUGCUGAAGAUAGCUACUUUUUUGAUGGAUGUAUGGCCAUAAGAGAUGUUAUUGAGGAACUCUCCUCAGUUGAUGAUCAAUCGAAGUGUUUCAAAUCCGAUGUUCUGCAAUUUCUUCAUUCAAAAAGAAGCCUAGAGGCAACCCAAACUAUGACAGCCUCAACUAUUAUAUCAACAGAAGUUAAAUGUUGCACUCAGUCUUUAUUGAUAAGGUUCUGUCAUAGAAAAGAAGAUUUUGUGGAAUUAAUAACCAAGGGUGAUUUAAGGUUUAUCUGUUCUGCAUCCAUAAUAAAUGAUUCUUUGGUAUGGUUAGAUUUGGGCUUCUCUACAUUAGUGUUUUUCUCUCCACAUGAUUCUGUCUUAGCAAAAUGCACACCGACAUCCUUUUCCACAUCAGUACUUGGUAUCUCUUUUUCUCAAUCUAUUGAAGGCUGGAAUGAACUCAGACUUUAUCUUUCAUCUCUUGAUUUUUGGCUUCAUUUGGCUGAGUGGACUGAGGUGGUUAAUUUCCUUAAUCAUUUCUGUGUACACAUGGAAAGAACUCCUGUGAAUCCAACAAGGAAUAGUUUGUAUGUCUAUGCUUCUAGCUCCGUAAAAAAAAUAAAUGUUUCCAGUGAUUCUGAAAGCACCUCAGCGCCUUUUACGUCUCAAGAGAUUGAGAAUGAUGUCUUAUUAAUUAUAAGGUCGGAAAAUGUUUGUAUUUCAUUUCACAUCCCUGUUUGGGCUAGCGAAGAACCAUGUGUGGAAUUUCAGCAUGCAGAAGGUCACAAUGGGACACCUUUAAGUGUAUCUUUGGAUAUGGUUGAAGAAAAAGAUGCAAAAUUUCUUACUGUUUCUUUGAACAUGAAUGAUUUUGAAUUAGUCUUAAGAGGCAGAGAUAUGCAACUGAGGUCCAAUUUAGAAAAAUUAAGCAGUGAAAUAAUGAUAGUUGAGAAUGGAAGGCACACAUCUUGGCCACUGCUUGAUGUAAUUCAGGUUCAAGUGGAUGCUGUACUGUGUAAGAACCAUACAAACAUCAUUGAACUCAAUGUGGAGAUAAUGUGUGAUCAUUCAAGUGUAUGGAUUUCGCAUCCUGCUUUUCAUUUAUGGGGUGCUGUAAAAUUUGAUGUUCCCAAAUCAGGAACUUCUCAAUAUUCAACUAGUGGUAUUAAUUGCAAAUUCAGGAUACGGAAAGUUUCUAUUCUACUGACAGAUGGAAAGUGGAGCUAUAAUGGACCUCAGUUUGAGAUUAUUGUCAGAAACAUCCUGUUUCAUACAAUUGCAAGUGGAAAGCACAUAGAAUGUUCUGUCGAUGGCAAUCUCCAAGUAAACUACAACAACAUUGAAAAGGUGUCGUGGGAGCCUUUUAUUGAGCCUUGGCAGUUUCUUUUGACUUUAGUCAGGGAACAGGAAACAAGUAUUCUGCCGAACAGGUCCGUUUCAACAGAUAUCAUUCUCAAAUCUACAACUCAGCUGAACAUUAAUAUUACAGAGUCUUUAGUGGAGUGUCUAUCACGUGUUACUGAGAUGUUCUUUGAUGCCAUGGGUUUAAUGGGAUUAGAAGAUCACGAAGGCAACACACUUUCACGUUCACCUUGUGCUGAAUACACGUGUGCCAGAAAAUAUGGUGCUCCUUAUAUUCUACAAAACCUAACUUCUGUGCCUCUUAUAUAUCGUGUAUAUCAUGGCCCUGUCAAUCCUAAUGAACACUCUGAUUCUGAUGAGAAUCAUGCAAAAUAUGUGCAGCCAGGUUCUUCAAUUCCAAUAUACGUGAAUGAAAAUGAUGAACAGAAGCUCUUACGUUUCAGGCCUUCUUAUUCUUCUGAUAGUCUAAAUGAUCAACGGUCAAAUGGCUUUGCUCAUCAUUACAUUACUGUGCAGCUUGAAGGAACUUCUAGAUCAUCUGAUCCAAUUUCAAUGGAUUUAGUGGGACUGACAUGCUUUGAGGUUAAUUUAUCCAAGACAUACAAUGAAAACAUCGAGGAUGGUAGAAUAUAUACAGGCCCUACUUUUGUUGUACCUGUUGUAUUUGAUGUUUCAGUUCUGCGCUAUAGCAAGUUAAUACGAAUAUAUUCAACUGUUGUACUUUUAAAUGCAACCACUACACCUCUUGAGCUGCGGUUUGAUAUUCCAUUUGGUGUGUCACCAACGAUAUUAGGUCCAAUACAACCUGGUCAACAGUUUCCACUUCCACUGCAUUUGGCUGAAGCUGGUUGUGUCAGGUGGCGGCCAAUGGGGAACUCUUACUUGUGGAGUGAAGCUCAUAACCUCUCAAAUCUUCUUUCAGUAAAUAGUAAAGUUGGCAAUUUUAAAUCUUUCAUGUGCUAUCCCUCUCACCCAAGUAGUCGGCCAUUUCGGUGUUGUCUAUCGGUUAAGAAUAUCAGCUUAACAUCAUCUGGCUGGUCGAAAAAUAAUGUCCCUGCAGAUGAUUUAAAGAAGCGAUAUAUUCAUCACUUGAUCCUUAGUGCUCCACUAUUAAUUAACAAUUAUCUUCCUAAGGAAAUUUUGUUGAUCAGCGAGAGUGGUGGGGUAGAUCAUACUGUGAGAGUUUCAGAGGUGGAAACUUCCGUGUAUCAUAUUGAUCCCUCGCAUGACCUAGGACUGGAGAUCAGCAUUGAUGGAUUUAAAUGUUCUAAUUUAAAAUUUCCUCGUUUAGAAACUUUCUGCUCAUUGGCGAAGUUCAGUGAAACCAAGUUUUCAUUAUCUGAAACCUUGAUAUUUGAACCAAAUAAUUCAAAUGGCCCUCUGUAUGUUACUGUGGAGAAGGUGAUGGAUGCAUAUUCUGGUAGUAGGGAACUUAUCUUUUUUGUUCCCUUUAUUUUUUAUAACUGUAUAGGUUUUCCCCUGUGUGUAACGGAAGCCACUGGUGAAACCAAUGAAAGGGGUUAUGUCAUCCCUUCUUAUUUUGACGUAAGUGAAAAUGAAACAUUUUCUUAUAAAAAGGAUGGUCUUUCUUUGCUUACCAGUCAUGAAUUACGUGCUGAAGUUCCUUGCAACCGAAAGGGUUAUAUGAAGAAUCAUACCAUUUCCUGCAGAGAGGAUAGCAGUGCAAACCCUUUUAGUUCUGGUAAUAAUGAGCAUGAAAAGGUUCAGCCAUUCAUUUAUUCUCCAAGCCCUGAUUCCUCUGUAAAUGAUGUUUUUGUAAAAGUUAGUAGAUGUUUUCCUCAAGAUGUUAAGGAACAAUUGCCAUAUUCUUUGUGGUCAAAUCCAUUUUCUCUGCUACCACCAAGUGGUUCAAGUACUAUCCUUGUUCCUCAGUUGGCUUCGAAUUCUGCAUUCAUUCUAGCUAUGACAUCUAACUCAGUUGCUGAACAAUAUGCUGGGAGGACAAAUGCAAUCACGUUCCAGCCUAGCAAGGAAAUAUCUUAUAAGCAGAAGGGUACUGAUGUCAUGUUCUAUUUAGGAAUAGGAGAACAUGCUCAUCUUCACUGGACAGAUACAACAAGGGAGCUGCUUGUUUCAAUUUGUUAUAAUGAAUCUGGAUGGCAGUGGUCUGGUAGCUUUUUACCAGAUCACUUGGGUGAUACACAACUAAAAAUGAGGAACUUUGUUUUUGGCACUUCAAACAUGAUACGAGUUGAAGUGCAAAAUGCUGACAUAUCAAUGGGAGGUGAAAAAAUAGUUGGAAACAUCAAAGGAAACUCAGGGACCAACUUGAUUCUUUUGUCAGAUGAUGAUACGGGGUAUAUGCCAUACAGAAUUGAUAAUUUCUCAAAGGAGAGAUUGAGAAUAUAUCAGCAGAGGUGUGAAAUGUUUGAUACAGUCAUUCACUCCUACGCAUCUUACCUUUACACCUGGGAUGAACCCUGCUAUCCUCAUCGUCUUAUUGUGGAGGUACCUGGAGAGCGAGUUUUGGGAUCAUAUGCCCUUGAUGAUGUUAAAGAAUACAUGCCUGUCUACUUGCCACCAACCUCUGAGAAGCCUGAAAGGACUUUCUAUUUAUCAGUGCAUGCGGAGGGAGCAACAAAGGUCCUUAGUGUUCUUGAUUCAAAUUACCAUAUCCUUGAUGAUGUGAAGAAAUCAAGUGCCUCACUUGCUGCAGAGAAAAGGUUAUACGAUCACAAUCUAUUUAGGGCUUCAGACUACAAGGAGAAAAUAUCAAUUUCUGUUCCAUAUAUUGGGAUUUCUUUGAUUGAUUCAUACCCACAGGAAUUGCUUUUUGCCUGUAUUAAGGAUGUACAGAUGAAUCUACUGCAAAGUUCUGAUCGGCAAUGUCUUUCUUUAGUGAUAUCAUUCAUACAAAUUGAUAACCAGUUGCGCUCUACUCCAUAUCCAGUUAUAAUGUCAUUUGAUAGUGGAUACAGAUCCUGCCAUGAUGAUAGUAUGAAAUCCAGGGAUGAUGUUACAAGAACAAGAAUUGAAAAAUUAAAUCAGAUGAGCAGCUCUUCUGUUCCUGUGUUCUGCCUAGAAAUAUCAAAAUGGAGGAAGAAAGACAUUUCAUUUAUUUCAUUUGAAUACAUAAAAUUGAGGGUCGAAGAUUUUCAUCUUGAGAUUGAACAAGAAGUCAUAUUAAGCUUAUUUGAGUUUUUUACAAAUGUCACUUCAGGGCUGCAAUAUGGAAUCAUGCCAUCUUCAGAUCACUAUGAUGGAAUAUCACUAAAGGAAUCAUCCUCAUGUGUUCAAACUAGGGAGAAUUUCAGAUUAACUGCUGAUCAAUGUCCGCUAAGUAUUGCUCCCAGGUUUAAUGGAAAAUCUAAAAGAAUUGUGUCUUUGCCUUCGAUCAUUCCAAUUGGAGCCCCAUGGCAGGAAAUUUAUCUGUUGGCCAGAACCCAGAAGAAAAUUUAUAUUGAAAUGCUUGAAUUGGCACCUAUUAAAUUGACUUUAAGUUUUUCUAGUGCCCCUUGGAUGCAUCACAAUAGGAUCCUCACAUCCAAGGAAUUUCUUAUCCAUAGAGGUAUUAUGGCUCUUGCUGAUGUUGAGGGAGCACAUAUUUAUCUAAAGGAUUUAACUAUUGCACAUCAUAUGGCCAGUUGGGAAUCCAUUCAGGAGAUUUUAAUUAGGCAUUACAACCGCCAGCUACUUCAUGAGACUUACAAGUUGUUUGGUUCGGCUGGUGUCAUUGGUAAUCCCUUGGGUUUUGCAAGGAGCAUGGGGCUUGGCAUCAGAGAUUUCUUGUCUGUGCCUGCAAAGAGCAUUAUGCAGAGCCCUACUGGACUUAUUUUGGGCAUGGCUCAAGGCACCACUAGUCUUUUAAGCAACACUGUGUAUGCAAUUAGUGAUGCGGCUUCUCAAUUCAGUAAAGCUGCACGCAAGGGUAUUGUUGCAUUUACAUAUGAUGACCAAGCAGUUUCUAAGAUGGAAAAACACCAGGCAUUUGUUGCUUCUGAUAGCAAAGGUGUAAUAAAUGAAGUCUUGGAGGGACUCACAGGUCUUCUCCAGUCACCUGUAAGAGGAGCUGAGAGGCAUGGUCUUCCUGGUGUCCUCUCUGGAGUUGCUUUAGGGAUUACAGGACUUGUGGCUAAACCUGCUGCUAGUAUACUUGAAGUUACUGGCAAAACUGCACUCAGUAUUAGAAACCGUAGUAAACCUGGCCAAUUAAGAUCACAACGCUUUAGGGUCCGGUUUCGAAGGCCACUAUGCCGUGAAUUUCCUCUAAGACCUUAUUCAUGGGAAGAAGCAGUUGGAACAUCUGUACUUGUGGAAGCUGAAGAUGGCUUAAAGUUCAACGAUGAGAAGUUAGUGGUUUGCAAAGCCCUUAAAGAAGCUGGUAAGUUCGUUGUUUUGACAGAAAGAUUUGUGCUUGUUGUUUUCAGUCCAAGUCUGAUAAACUUGGGCAAGCCUGAAUUUUGUGGCAUCCCUGCUGAUUUGGAGUGGAUAAUUGAAUGGGAGAUUGGAUUGGAGAGUAUAAUACAUGCUGACUGUAGUCAAGGGGUGGUACACAUAGUUGGUAGUAGGCCAGAUUCCUUAUUGAGGAAAAGUCAACAUUCUCCCAAGAGAGGCAGCGUUGGCAGAACCAAAGCUGUGCGUUGGAACCAUUAUGCAACUCAUCUUCCACUUCCUCAGACAAACUUGGAACUAGCAUACCCUGAAGAUGCAGCCAACUUGUUACAUGUUUUACUGUCUGCUAUGGAGAAAGGGAAAGGUAAAGCGUGGGGCUGUGGACGGAUCCUGCAUCGGGCUAAUAUGAAGUAGGUUACGGUUUAAUUUGUUUCCAUUCUGGAAAUUUUGAAGAGUUUCCACUACAGCCCAAUGCUAAUCAAAGUGGGCCAUAAAUUGGAGCUACCGCUCUUUUUGCCUGUGUAAAUUGUCGAGGAAGGAAAAUAAAAAGCAGCUCAAUAUCUUCAUUUAAUUUUUUUGUGUACCCUCUCUCUCCAUGUUACACAUUUGUCACAGUUCUUUACAAUGCCAGCCUUAAGAACCCUUUCCUCUUAGCCAAAGUCAGCAGAUUUUGAUGUAGCAACUCAACACAGAAGUAGUUAGUAUACCUUGUAUAUCAUACAUUAUGUAUAUUUUGCUGCUGUUAUUUAGUUCGGGGAUGUAAAUAUUACCAACGCUUGUAUAAUAUGAUUUUAUUUUGUUUCUUUACCUGUGCUUAAAUGAGUUAUUUUAUUAUU